AUGGCGGCUCAACACCCAACGGCGGCGGUCCUCUUGUGUGAAGUGGUGAUGGAGAUCCUCUCUUGGGUUCCAGCAAAGCCUGUCACGCGCCUGAAGCUUGUGUGCAAGUCAUGGAACUCCAUCAUCUCCCACCCUCACUUCGUCAAACUUCACCUUCACCGUUCGUCCAAAAAUGCCAUCCUCCUGUUUACGCUAACACAACCGCUCACCCUCGGCGAAGAAAGAAAACAGAGCAUAGUGUUGAGUAGCGUUGAAUCUUUCAUCCAAAAUCCAUCAUCCGCUCUUGAUGCUCAAGAGAAUCACCACUCUCUACACGUACAAGACUGGGUUUCGGGUUCAUGCAACGGGUUGGUUUGUUUGGCCCGUAUUCUUUACCACCCCAACAACCAUAUUUGCGAUAUCUGGUUUCGUUUAUUGAACCCUCUCACAGGGUUUAUUUCAGAGAACUCGCCGUGCUUAAGUGUCAGUAUGCAUACUGCUUUUGGGUUUGGGUACGAUGAGUCAAGUGACAGUUACAAGGUAGUGACUGUCAUUCGGGAUUCUUCUGGAACAGUAACUGCGCAAGUUUAUAGCUUCGGUGGCAGUUCUUGGAAGAGGGCCAACAGUUUCCCUGCUUUUCCGUUUUCUGUUGAAGAUAAUGGCCACUUCAUCGGUGGCACUCUUAAUUGGCUAGGUCUCCGUAACCCACAUGGAGGUGCUUAUGAUUGGGCUGAUGUUACACUUGAUAUGUUAAUGAUUGUUUCUUUUGACCUGAAAUCGGAUACAAAUAAACAGAUUCUGCUUCCAAAGGGUAUCGAUGAGAUCCCCGGUCAAAAGCCAACUCUGGGAGUUUGGGAAAAUAGCCUGUAUUUUCUUCAUGAUUACAAGAACACUCAUCUUAUUGCAUGGCAAAUGAAGGAGUUUGGAGAUGAAAAUUCUUGGACUCAAUUGCUAAAGAUUAGUUUUCACCAUCUCGGUGUUGAAAGGCUAUUAUUCCCGGAGUUUAUAUUUGAGAAUGGAAAUAUCUUCAUGUUGAGAGGCCGGCAUCGUUUUGAGGAAGUUUUUUAUGACAGAAGAGAUAAUAGUGUUAAACGCGUUAAUAUCUUGGCCAACAAUUGUUACUUCGAUAUAUUUGAUUAUGUUGAGAGCUUGAUUCAGCCUUGUUAAAAUUUGGUUCCUAUUCAAAGUGCUUUUGUUCUGUUAUUUUAAAUUCUUAUAUUUCAUGUAGGCACAGCAAAGUUCAUGUCAUUGUGAUUAUUUUGGGUGUUUUCUUA